AUGGAUGCGAGUGGAAAUUUGAAUUUGAGAAAUUGGGGAUUUCUCGAGACACCAUCCGCCACGCUCAAGAACACCUUGAAUCUCCAGCUGAUUCCCGAAAAACCCCUUUUCUGCCCUGUCGAUGACCAUUUGCAUCCCAAUCCACCGCCUGUGAUGGCACCCACUAAUAAUGGAUUAGAGUACCUAAAUUUAUUCUCUGCAAAUUUAUUCCCUGCAAAUCACUACAACUCUUAUCAUCACCAGCCGAGCUUCGGAAUUUCCCCCGAGACCUCAUCCGCCAGAUCCCUCCCAAUCCCUCACCCCAUAAAUUUACCCAAAAACGACAAGAAUGCCCCCGAGCAAAGAGAAAGUGGCAAAGGGCCCACAGCAAAAAAGAAGCAGAAGAAGGCAAGAACAAAAGCCCCAUUGGCCCACCGCGCGAAAGCCCCCAAGAAAAGGGCCGAGAUUGAGAUUAAUGGGCUGCAUUUGGAUAUUUCGGAUAUUCCCAUACCCGUCUGCUCGUGCACGGGCACUCCACAACAGUGCUACAGGUGGGGUUCGGGGGGGUGGCAGUCCGCGUGCUGUACCACGGGGCUUUCCUUGUACCCUCUGCCCAUGAACACUAAAAGGCGUGGGGCAAGAAUUGCGGGCAGGAAAAUGAGCAUAGGGGCUUUCAAGAAGGUCUUGGAGAAGCUCACGGGCGAAGGGUAUGAUUUCUCGAACCCGAUUGAUCUGAGGAGCUAUUGGGCCAAACAUGGAACGAAUAAGUUUGUUACGAUUCGGUGA